AUGAAAACAUUUGAUUUGGAAGCCCUUCCGCCACCUGUUUUGCCACCAAGUGCUUUCUUUUCAUCAAAGCUGUCUCAAAGAAAGCUUAAGCAAAGUACUACUUCAAAUUUGUCUAUUGCCAUUAAAAAGGAACCAGGAUAUGACGCUGAGUACAUGAAAAAGUUACUGAGCCCAAAACAAUUGGUCAAAAGAAUAAACUCACAAGAAAGCGUAAAACAGUCAUCUAAAGUAUCCGGCCGUCAUUUGGAUCAAGUCCUCUUUAAGCAAAAGAUACCUGGUACUAAGCCUUCGUCUCCGUUAGAGUUUGAUAAUACCAUCGAGAUGCUGGCUGAUUCAUGCAGAAAAAAGGCAGCUGAGAAAGAAAAGGCGUGCGUAAAAGCGUCUCUCGAAAUUGAAGAGCUCAAGAGGCAGCUAAGGGAAGAGCAAAGCAAGUUGGAAAUAUAUAAAAGCAAACAAGAGUUAACAAAGGAAUUGACCGAGAUUGGACUCAUUCGAUCAAAUUAUAUUAAAACAAAGCUAGAUAAACUGAUAGAGCGUAUGGAUACAUUUAAAUGCAUAUUUACCAGCUUAGAGGAUAUGCUGAAGCAGAUUGAGAAGGCAAAAGAAACUCAACAGGAAGGAGAUAACAGUCUACGUGAAGCUUGUUUGUUAAAUAUCAAAAGAGAUAACCAAAGGACCGCCAAGAUUAGAGAUUGCAAGCAGCGUUUGACUCAAUUAAAACAUUAUGAUCAAAGGGACAAUUUUCAGAAUUUGAAACAUUCUCAAAUCAUUGUUCAACAAGAUAUCAUCGAACUGACUCAUUCAUUAUCUGAGCACCAACAAAAGAUUGACAGUCUCAGAAUGUCCUUGGAAUCUCAACAAUGCUUUUUACAGGGUUUGACAACAGAAAUGAAACGCUUUUUACAAGACCUGAGUGUCCAUGCAUCCUCUGCAAAUAACAAAGGUGCUCUAAUGCAACACAUUAAAUUGACUAUGGAAACACAUCAAGAAUCAUUAAAGGCCCUUUUAGGAUAG